CCAGUAAAAUAUUUGCAAAACUUUCGGAGAUAGUUAAGCCAGUGUUUAGCGAAGCUAACAAAUUUCAAGUGUUUUUCUACUCCUAGUAUUCGAAGUGGACCAUGGCGGAUCAUCCGGAGCAAGAUCGCGGCGAGUCGAUUUCGAUGCAUGAUUUUCUAGAAUUUCUUAAAAUUACUUGUCAAGUUAACGAUUCUUUCAACAGCAGCAAGAAGAAUCCUCUUCCAUUUGAUUAUAACCAGUUAGCCAGAAAUGAGUUAGUCAAUAGUGUUCAUGUAAGGCCUGGCUUGGCAAUUGAAAAUGGUACUUGUUCAGGGUCUUCUCCAGCACGGCAGCAGAGCAUGAAGAAAGAGGACGGUACCGUACAAAAGAAGUCAUUUAAAAAGAAAUCUCUUUCACAUGCCAAGUCUCAAAAGAGUAAACCUGAAGCUGUGGAUGUACCGAAGAAGGGUUUGGAUACUCUAUUGAAUGAAAAAUUGGACGAGGUUCUAAAUGAAGGAAUUUUGGAUUCUGUGCUUCCAUUCAUUUGUCCGAACAACGUUUCUACUUCGACUGGAGGACAUACAUAUAAUAAGGGAACUAAUCCUAAGGCACCCACGCAUCCAGUGGUGCAGAUUACCUCUAAUAAUAGUGGGACCAAGGGAGCUGCCAGUGCGGGUGAGGCAUCUGCGCCAGAUAUGCAAAGUAGCAGUAGUGGCAAAAAGGGUGGACUUGCAGCGGUAGGUGACGUAUCGCAGAAUUUUUUGAUUGCAAGUAGCACAAGCAAAAUGGGAGCAAGAAGAAAAUCUUCGAUUUCUCAAAUGGCCAUACCGGACAGUCGUUCGGAACCAGAAGUCAUCAUCCAUGUGUGCGAUGAAGUCAAAGGAACAUCCAGAGAUUUUUCGUGCCCUCAAAAGUUACUGAUAACUAAAAUGGGAUAUUUUGCAGAUGUAACUGCCGGUCAACGAUUGGAAGACAUGGACAUAUCGGUUCAUUGUGAUUUGCAAAUAUUUGAAUGGCUGAUGAAAUGGGUGAAAAAAGAUUCCAUGUCCCAAGACGAUUGGCCUGCACUUGAUCCAUCGAAUGUGGUUCCCAUACUUGUUUCUGCCAGUUUUCUCCAAAUGGAACCGCUGUUGCUGGAUUGCCUAUCCUUUUGUCAUGCUAGAUUGAACGAGGUUGUAAAAGCUUCGGCAAAUUUAGCUUGCUUGAACGAUAGCAUUAUUACACGAUUAGCUGCUAUGUUCACCAACUUAGAACUAGAAAUGGUAAAAGAUAAAAAAGAUCGCAUUGCACCUCGAUUGUGGACAAAACUCAUCCAAAGUCUAUGUGAAAUUGAACCUCAAGCUUUGCGAGGCCAUUAUGCUACUCUUGUGGGUAUGUUUCGCUGCCUCAGGUGCGGAAAGUUCCUAACGCAAACGGUUAGCACGUUUAUUCACUGUGUUCCUCAAAACAUACGCCUGAAUCGCUGGGGUCAAUUGAUUAGUUCACACGUAAAAGAUCCCUCAUGGAAUAUCACUAGCUACGUAGCCAGUUUGCAUAAAGAGUUGCGUUCGUGGCGCAAAGUCUACUGGCGUCUUUGGGGACAUUGCCACUUUUUGUAUUGUGCCAUAUGUGAUACUCAUUUUGCAGUGUACCAGAUGCUAUGGUGUCAAUAUCAUCCAGAGCAGCCACAAUUCCUGGGGCCUGCAGCUGAAGGAAGGGUUGCUGGACCAGCUGGCCGCUAUCCUUGUUGUGGGAAGCAAGCCUACCGUUACGAAACACUCCCUGGACCGACGGGUUGCCAGUUUCGAGAACACACAGUCCAAGCAGAUACAGAUCGCGAUAGAGCGAUUCUUCAGUUGGCUAUGCAAGCAUCGGAAGGAGGGUGUCUGUACGAGACGGCUCCAUUCAAACCACCCAAUUCAAUAAACGACCCUUGGUGGAAUGGAAUAGGAAUUUUACCUCACCGCUCCCGGCAAGGUUUGCUGCCAAAUUUUCACGUUGAUGGCGAUGCUCCCAGUCGUGGGAAUCGAAAGUUUAUAACUCGUCAACUAUCGCAAUCGGUAGCGGAAUCGGAAACCGAAUCAGACUCGGAGGAUGCCGACAAGUCUGGAACAAUUCUAAGUCAUACCUCCACCAGCAGUAGCGAUGGUGGUGAAUCCGAAUAUAGUAGUCCACGUUCAUUUCGCCCGAAGAAUGUUAAGCAUAAGCCUAGAAUCUCCUACGGACGCCAUUGGGCUGGCGACAUGUCGGCUCGUAGUAAUCAAGACAACCAGCGUGAGUUUGAGGAACGGGCUAUGAAGCAGAUCAUAGCAAUGGUUGGAAAGAAAACGGGAGGCGAACAGAAUCAGCAGUUUGUGACGUAUCAGCAGGGCGGAGCUUAUAUCAAACUGGAGGCUGACUGGCGAGAGUCUAUGAAGCAAAAGAAUUUGGCCGGUCUUAAGGCUAAACCGAGUGGAGUCAAAUGAUGACUGUUCAUCGAUUUACGUGAAAGAUCACAAGAGAAAACAUUCUAGUCAUC